UUUGUUAGUUAAUUUUACUAAAAUGUAUGCAAACUGUUGUAUGCGACUAUACAUGUAUUGCUUAAUAUAUAGAAAAAAUAAAAAAUGUAAAUAAUUACUGUUAGAUUUUGUACGAAGUGAUGAAUGUAUUGAUUUUACAAUGAUGUGUUUUAUUUCGUGUGUACAACAUAACUUGUCGAAAAAACGCUUCAAUUUAAAACUUCGGGCUGGGAUAGUUUCCGAUGGCAAAUGAAUAUCCUUGGUGCAUUACUGAGAUCAAAAAUACCUACUUUCCUGAAGUUUUGGCUGAUAAAAUUGAUUCUGAAAAGUACAAGAUAUCUUCUAAUUUAUUGAUUUUUAAUUUUAAAUAUUGAUAGUUCAUUAAAACAUCUAAAUAAUUCUUUAACGUUCAUAAAAUGAGUAAUAUUUACAUACAAGAACCUCCUACUUCUGGAAAAGUUGUACUCAAAACUUCAUUUGGUGAUAUUGAAAUUGAAUUAUGGUCAAGGGAAGCUCCAAAAGCUUGUAGAAAUUUUGUUCAAUUGUGUAUUGAAGGAUAUUAUGAUGGAGUCUUGUUUCAUCGUAUUGUCAAGAGUUUUAUAGCUCAGGGUGGUGAUCCAACUGGAACUGGAGCAGGAGGUGAAUCAAUUUAUGGUCAUCCCUUUAAAGAUGAAAUACAUUCACGUCUUCGGUUUAAUCGACGUGGUUUGGUGGCUAUGGCAAAUGCCGGUAAAGAUGAUAACGGAUCUCAAUUCUUUUUCACAUUAGGAUCAACUCCAGAACUUCAAUCCAAACAUACAAUAUUUGGAAAAGUUGCUGGUGACACUAUCUUUAAUUUAACCAAAUUGAAUGAAACUCUUGUGGAUACGGAAGAUAAACCAGUUUAUGAUCAAAAAAUACUAAAAACUAUAGUAUUAAAUAAUCCUUUCCCUGAUAUUGUUCCUAGAGUUGAAAAAAAGAGUGAAAAAGUCGAAAAACUUUCAAAAAAAAAAGAGGUUGUUGGUGUCAAAAAUUUUAAACUUUUAUCAUUUGGCGAAGAAGCUGAAGAGGAUGAAGAAGAACUUAUUGAUGUUGUUAAAGAAUAUAGUGGUAGACCAAAGUCCACUCAUGAUGUUCUUAAGGAUCCUCAGUUAAGUUCAGAACCAGCUGUUAUAGAUAAUGAACUUACUGAUGAUAUAGCAAUACCUUCUAAUGACCAGACAUCAAAAAUAAGUGUUGAUGAUGUUCGAUCAAAAUUGUCAUCCAAUAGUAAAAAUAAAAAAUGUGUACCUAAAUCAGUUGAACAAUCAAAUGAAGAAGAUUCUGAUGAUUAUGAACUUGGAAAAGAUCUAAGAGAAGAAAAAAAAAGAAAAGCAGAAGAAAUUCGAAAAGAAAUAAAUCAAAUCAAAUCUCAGCUAUCAAAAAAAAAAAAAGAUAAAAAAAAAGACCUAGAUACAGAUAAUACACCAAGUAUACCACUUUUGCCUAUUGAUCCACUGAAGCAUCAAUAUCUAGAAAAUAUAAAAAUGUAUUCUUCCAAAAAAAGUGAAAUUCCAAAAAAAGGUUCAAAUAGAGAAGAAUUUGCUCUUAGUCUUUUAGAGCAAUUUAAAAAUAAACUACAUAAUGCUAUUCAAUCAAGCCAAGAUAAAUCUGAAAAACUAUCUGAAUCAGAAGAUGAUGAUGAUUGGAAAAGCCAUCCACUUCAAUUUCAGAAAGAAGAUGCUGUACUAGCAAAAGAUGCAAAUAAAAAAGAUGACGAUUGGUUUGAAAUAUAUGAUCCUAGAAGUGCUAUCAAUAAAAGGAAACGUGAAUCGAAUAAAUUAAAUUCAAAAACUGAUAAAGAUAAAAAAACAAAACUUUAAAAUAUAAAAAUGUUAUCCAAUGUAUCUUAAUUUUCUUAGAAUUUGAAUACCAUUGAAAUGUCAUUGUCAUCAAUUUAAAAAAUUUUAAAAUAAAAUCAAUAGUCAAUAUCUACAUAAAAA